AUGAAUUCUUAUCCUGGUAGUUCAUCUUAUUUAUCAUCAUCUUCUUCAGAUGAUGACUAUUAUGAUGAUAUAGAGAUGCAAGUAGUAGGUCAAAUUACUGCUAACAAUAAUUUUUGCGUUGCUCAACACCAAAAAAACAAAGGCUCACGUCGAGGCUCGAUUCCUGGUCAUAUAGUUAUCAACCGUGACCGGGAAAGUGCUGAUCGCAAUCUCUUCAACGACUAUUUUGCAGAGAAUCCUCGUUUUACCGAUUUGAUGUUUCGGCGAAGAUUUCGAAUGGGUCGUCCUUUAUUCCUUCAUAUUUUGGAUGCUAUACAAAGACAUGACAAUUACUUCAUCCAGCGAAGGGAUGGAAUGGGUAAACUCGGGUUAUCAGGUUUGCAAAAAGUAACAGCUGUAUUUCGAAUGUUGGCGUAUGGUGUACCAGCAGAUGCUACCGAUGAAUACAUCAAAAUAGGAGAAUCUACAACUAUAGAAAGCUUGAAGCGAUUUUGUCGUGCUGUUGUCGAGGUGUUUGGAGCCCGCUAUCUCCGAUCACCUAACGCUAAUGAUGUUGCAAGACUACUCCAGAUUGGUGAACGUCGAGGUUUUCCAGGAAUGUUGGGAAGUUUAGAUUGUAUGCAUUGGAAAUGGAAAAAUUGCCCAACUGCUUGGGGAGGACAAUAUGCCGAUCGUAGUGGGUCCCCAACUAUUAUUCUUGAAGCUGUAGCUGACUAUGAUCUCUGGAUAUGGCAUGCAUAUUUUGGUUUACCGGGAUCUAAUAAUGACAUUAAUGUGCUGGAGGCAUCCCAUCUUUUUGCUAAUCUUGCUGAAGGUAUUGCUCCACCUGCUAAUUAUGUUAUUAAAGGAAAAGAGUAUAAUAUGGGUUAUUAUUUAGCUGAUGGUAUAUAUCCAAAAUGGUCUACUCUUGUUCAAAGUAUUCAUGAUCCACGUCAUCCAAAAAAGAAAUUAUUUGCAAUGAAACAAGAAGCAUGUAGAAAAGAUGUGGAACGUGCAUUUGGAGUACUGCAGUCUAGAUUUGCAAUUAUUGCUGGACCGGCACGUCUUUGGAAUAAAAAAGUAUUACAUGAUAUAAUGACUUCAUGUAUUAUUAUGCAUAAUAUGAUAAUUGAAGAUGAACGUGAUAUUAAUGCAUCAAUUGAAGAGCGAGUCGAAGUGCCAAGUCCAGAAGUUCAGAUGGAAGAAGAUGAUAAUGCUCGGUUUCAAGAAUUUCUUACUAGACAUAGAAAAAUCAAGGAUAAGAAAGCUCACAUUGAGCUUCGAAAUGCAUUAAUUGAGCACUUGUGGGACGAAUAUGUUUUUAGUGUUGUGAUUGGAGUGAAAAUAAUUUUUGACACCAAAUUUAAUGUUGGUGUGACACCAAAUAAGUCGAGUUGCUCUAAGGUUGAUGCUGGUAUGCGUGAUGUUGUCCAACCAAUUUUUGAGGUUGAAACUACUUCUGACAUUCAAAAGAAGAAUGACAAGUCUAGAAAAACUUUAAAGUCUCCGUUUUAUUUUUUCACCCAGAUCUUGUGGGUUGAUUUGUUGUUGCUUUCUGAAGCUUCAUCACCGGCGUUCAUAGAAUUUUUCUGUCGAUCUUCGUUAGCUGUCAUGGGUGAUUAG